AUGAAUGAGGUAUUAUCUUUUGAUGCCUAUGUAGAAGAUGAAGUACCUGAUAUGAGUGAAGAAAAAUAUAGAAUAAGACACUAUAAAAUCUACUUCUACCCUGAAGAUGACACCAUUCAAGUAAAUGAACGAGAGUUGAAAAAUAGUGGACUGCCUCAAGGGACUUCAAUCCGGCGUCAUCGGAUUUCUCUCCCACCUCCUGAUGAGGAUCAGUUUUAUACUGUCUAUCAUUUUAAUAUCAACAUAGACAUUGUCUUUUAUGGCCGGACAUUUAAGAUUUAUGACUGUGAUACGUUCACAAAAAACUUCUUGAAGAAAAUAGGGGUCAAAUUAAAUCCCCCAGGACAGUGUCCAGAAGAUCCUUACAUGAAGACACGGAGAAAGAUGCUAGAGUGCAUGAAGCCCUUACGUCCCUAUGAGUCCUUUUACACUCUGAAACAGUUCCUUGAGUAUGAUAGGAAGGUUUUGCGUUUCUUCUGCCUGUGGGAUGACUCAGCCUCAUUGCUUGGGGAAUGUAGAGAACUCAUCCUACAUUACUUUCUGUCUGAUGACACUAUUGAAAUCAAAGAAGUUUUGCCAGACAACUCAGGUCGGCAUGCUGUGCCAUUCUUCCUCCAGAGGAGAAAGCUACCCAAGUAUGGCCCACCUGGAGUCUAUCAACCAGGCGACGUAACAGACCAAAUAGUUCUCAAUUUGUGUCGUGGCUCAGUAGAGAACCGAGUUCAUAGCUGCUGCCUUUUGGAAAGACACAAGGCAGGAAAAUUAGACCAAGACUUUUACAAAGAUAGUGACCUGUCCAUAGGAACCAUCAUCAAUGUGUGGGGAAGAAAAGUGCUCCUUUGUGACUGUGAUGAAUUUACAAAGACGUAUUAUAAGACUAAAUAUGGAAUUGAGAACUUUACCUCCAUUCCAUGUAAGGCUCCACCUCCUCCGAAAAUAGAAAGGAAAUUUCCACCUUAUACCAACUUUGGUUCUGAAGAGGAUUCUCUCCGCUCCUGCAUAGCUCUCAUGCCCACACCUCAUACGAAGAUCAGAAAGUUCAUGGAAAAAGACAGAAAUGUCAACAUAAGCAGUACACUCCGGUUUUUCGCGAAACUGUUCACAUGCAAAUGUGCCGACGUGGACAGGAUGUUUGUUAUUUCAUAUUUUCUCAGCGAUGACACAGUUUCAGUGUUUGAACCUAUAGAGAAGAAUUCAGGGAUUACUGGUGGGAAGUUCUUGAAAAGGAGUCGUGUUAAGAAGCCUGGACAAGAAAUCUUUAAAAGUGAACUAUCAGAGUAUAUCAAGGCCGAGGAGCUGUAUGUUGGAGCUAAAGUGAAUUUAAAUGGCUACCUAUUUCUUCUGCUCAAUGCUGAUGAAUAUACCUUCAACUACAUGGAAAAGCAUUCAGAUAAGUUUCCUAAGAGCAGCAUCAAACUUGCCCUACAAAAGCUCAAAGAAGAACCCAAGUCCAGAGAGCUCAAGAAGCUGUUUGUAGCUGCUGACUGUAGGCACGCAAAGAUGGUGGAUUACAAUACGUUCCGAGACAUAUUGAUGAGUUUAACUGUUGGGAAACUCACAGACCAUGAAGUAAUAACAAUUGCACGCUACUACCGGGUGCCUGAGGACACAUGUCUAGAUUCCAGUGUUAUCAUUGCACAGGUCCAUGAACAGCUCAAGAAAAAUUAUUUUGAGAAUUUUGAAAGACUCAUUGCUAGAUGUGUGUUCCAAGAUCGAGAAAAAAAAAAAGUAUUACCAAGCAAAGACAUCAAACGGCUGUGCAAGUCCUCCAGGUUACCUUUGAAUAAUGAUCUUCUGACAUCCUUACUGUCCAGGUUUGAAGACAGUGAAGAACAAAUAAAUUAUGAGUCAUUUUUCUGUGCCCUGAACUGGAGAAUACAUCCAAUGCCCGCAUUGGAAGCAGUGUCAUAUGAUAAAGAGAAAUGUGAAGAUGUGUGGCUCGGGAUGCCGUCACCUAUUCCUGUGAAAUACAUUAACUAUUUAAACCUUUUUAAGGACAUGUUUGGCUUAGAGGAGGAGUAACUGUGCCAGUUUCGGUCAACUUUGAUUCCCUUCCUAACUUUGCCAACUUUAUUUCAGUAGAUAAAAUUUCCUUAAAACAAAAAGAAGCAAGGUUCAUGUAGACCAAAAUUAAUCUCCUUUUGUCACUUAAUUUUUUCAGAACAUCAUACUGCUGAUACACGUGCACUAUUAAAAAUGCCAUUUAAAGAAACAUUGAACAUGUUUAUUAUGUGUAUGACUUAUUAAUACCAAAUAAUCAUAUGGUAAUUUUCCAUUCAACAUAAUUUAAAAACACAAAAAGAAAAUUACUUUUGAAAGCUAAACAUGACAAUAUAAAAGCAAAUUAUAUCAGAGCAAUAAGUUGUGAUUGUAUUAAACAUAUUUUGAAAUCUUUCUGACUCAUUUACUUACAUAAUUAAACUUUGUAGCAACCCACAUUAUCAAAAUAACCCUUAAACCUCUCUAGAGAAAAGGUAUUUUCUGUAAGUAGCAAAGCUGUGAGAAGAAAAGCACCCCCUUCCAACAUACUCACACAUAGAAACACACACAUGCGCAAAAAUUAGAAAUCGAAACUUUGCAUGUUUAUAUUUUGAAUGCCCUUUUUAUAUCUGAACUUAGUUUGUUAACAUAGGAAUAUAUGCAAGUGUAUAUAAUUAUAGUAUGACCAAAAAUGUAUUACAUCUAAAAUAUUUAGGGAUGUGAAUAUUGAAGAUUUUGAGUGAUCUUUUUUUGGUUCAUUCUCCACACACACACACACCACCCACUGCAGGGGUUUAAAUAUUCUAAGACUUCAGCGUGCUUCCUUCCUACAGUUCUCUGAUUCUGUUUUUAUUUUUCUCCUUGGCCUAUACAUUAUGAGUCCAAGCAAACUCAUACAUUUUGUCAGGUAGUGUAUAUUUGAUUAAAACUUGUAACCAUGGACCAUUGGAGAUUCAUCAUGAGGAGUUUGCCCAAGGCUACCCCAUUCUUCAGUGUUGAGUGCCACGUGUCAUAAAUCCCAUUGUCUGGUGUUCUUAGAAACAGAGGAAGCCUAUGGCGAAGGGCCUGCUACAUUUACCUUUGAAGGACUGCUCUGAAGAAAGGAAGAGGAAUGGAUGACAUCUCAAGGGCCGCUUCUAUCUCAGUCUUUCACUCCACAUUUGCAGUGUCUUGCCUGGAAUGAGCUGGGCACUCAGAUGUACCAAUUGGCUUAAUAACAAUAGCUCUUUCAUGUUUUAAAAUUGAAGUUAAUAAACCUAUUUCUAUAUAUAAACCUAGGAUAGUUUUACGUGUGCCACUGUUAGACUAGACCCCAUUGGACUUUCCAAUAAACUAGAAUACUCAAUUUCUAUACUAGAACCAUUUACCCAUAAAAUCUAAUUUUGACUGCUUGAUUUUUGUCCCAGGUUUUUAGAAUUUUUCUUUUUUCUUUUUUUCUUUUUUUAAGACAACUGACAGUGCCAAGCCAUUUUGUCACUUUAAGAUUUUCUGUUCCCCAGAGAGCAAGCUUU